GACAACACCUAUUAUGUACUUAAACAUUUGCUAGGUACGUUUAGCAACACCUAUUAUACUAUUAUAUAAAGUAGUUCGUGUUUUGAAAAACUAAUUGAAUUUUCUGGGCUUAUAUCAACGGAGAGAGAGAAACUUAACGAUUGGAUUAGAAGAGUAGGAAAUUUGUGCAAGCUGGUUUUGUUUUGUAAUUGUAUACAAAGCUCAACUUUCGAUUUAUGUUGUCAAUAUGCGCUUCGCUGUUGAAAAAGUACAGAUUUGCAGACAAAUUCGAAUGGAAACACUGCACAAUUUUACCAUCAAUAAAAUAAUAUAAAAGCAAUUAUCUCUCUGUAAAGGAGGGAGCGAAUAAAAAGCUAGUCUUUCUGUUUACGUCGUGCGGAGAAGAAAAGACCCACCACUUUUCUCUCUCUGUUGCAAUUCUCUCAGAGUUAUCGCUCAAAUACACCCAACUCCGAUCCAACUCUUCUCUGCAUCUUUGAUUGUGUUUAGGUUAGAUUGCAUCAUAGCACAGACAAUGCCGAAUUGGGCGCUCAAGAGUUGUUGCAAGCAUGACCAGGUCAUGUUCUUAGCGACUAUCGGAGUCUUUACCGUUGUCAUCCUAGCGCUAUGGAGGACAGUACUACUCACGCCUUUUAAGCUCAUUACAGUUUUCCUGCAUGAAGCAAGCCAUGCGAUCGCUUGUAUACUGACAUGUGGCAAGGUUGAGGGUAUCCAGGUUCACGCAAAUGAGGGCGGGGCCACACAAACACGUGGUGGCAUAUAUUGGUUCAUCUUGCCUGCAGGAUAUCUAGGUUCAUCAUUUUGGGGAAUGGCAUUGAUACUUGCGUCAACGAAUCUCCUUACUGCUAGAAUUGCUGCUGGUUGUUUAGGUGUUGCCCUGCUUGUUGUGCUUUUUGUGGCCAAAAAUUGGACUCUUCGAGGACUUUGUUUAGGAUUUAUCAUAUUCCUUGCAGUAGUAUGGGUUCUGCAAGAACUCACGAAAAUCCAUAUUCUUCGCUAUGUCAUUCUCUUUAUUGGUGUGAUGAACAGUUUGUUUUCAGUUUACGAUAUUUAUGAUGAUUUAAUAUCUAGAAGGGUAAAUUCCAGUGAUGCGGAAAAGUUUGCAGAAGUUUGCCCUUGUCCCUGCAAUGGGGUUGGAUGGGGAGUCAUAUGGGGAUUGAUAUCUUUCACAUUUCUUUGUGCAUCUGUAUAUCUUGGACUUGUCAUCUUGUCCUGAGUUCACAGGUUCAAGGAUGUCGGAUCAUAAUCUUCUUGGGGCCACAGGGUGUGUCAGUUCUCAAUUUUUAUUUUAUAUAUAAAUCAAUUUAUGUUAACUGAUAUGGUUUGUAUUGGCAACAAUGUACCCAUCCUCAUUCAUUUCACCCUACUCUCGUCAUAGUUCCUGUACAGUAGUUUGUAGUGGUUAACAUACUGUACACAAAACAAAAGGCUGUAA